CAAUCUGGGGGCUGCUAUAAAAGACACUCCGAUGAGUUACGAGUGGACAGUGGCCAGUGAUCGAGCGGCCCAGGUAGUAAACCCAAAGAUUACCGCCACAUCAUGAAGAUCGUUCUAGGCAUUAUGUUGGGCUACUUGCUCCUGGGACUGGUACUGUCCCAAGCCAGCAUAGCAACUGCCACAACUGGGGUGAUACCGGCAUAUCCUGCAGCGAUUCCGGCUCCUAUUCCCCGCUUGGUUCCCGUGGCCACCAGUCAUCAGUUUGUCACCCGGAACUGGAAUCGAGUCUAUGUGCCCCCAACCACAGUGGCCACUUAUCCGAACACCUAUAUAAAGUACAGCGGAGGCUAUCCCUCGUAUCCCGCCUACAACUAUCCCUAUGCCUCCACCUAUCAGUACACCUAUCCCUACUACUAUCCCACAUAUAACUAUGGUUAUGGUUACAAGGGUGUCUGGUGAUCGUUUUAUCAAAGAAAAAACAUUACCCACCUUUAAUCUAUUGUGAUAAUUAUCAAUACCAAAUGAAAUUAUUUGUAUAUGAUUAUAAAAAUAUAUAAAACGUGUAUAUCGAAUACUUUGGUGAUAU